AUGCCUCCUAGGAAGAGACAGUCGGACGCUUCACGUCGAAAAUCGCGCCAGAGUGAUGUACAACCUGGUGACCCGAUUCCCAACCGAGGCAAGCGACGCUACAGACCCGGCACAGUUGCUCUCAGGGAAAUCCGAAAAUACCAGAGCGGCACCCAGCUUUUGCUGCGUCAGCUUCCCUUCUCUCGACUUGUCCGCGAAAUUGCCGAGUCGGUGAGACCCCGGGGAGAGGCGAUGCGGUGGCAAUCACAAGCAAUACAGGCACUUCAAGAAGCCGCCGAGGCUUUCUUGGUUCACCUAUUUGAAGAUACAAACCUCUGCGCUAUCCACGCCAAGAGAGUGACCAUUAUGCAAAAGGAUAUUCAGCUUGCCAGGCGCAUUCGGGGCGUCUGGGGUGGAUUGGGUUGA